GAAUCCACUUCAGUCAUCACUUUUCGCCCCAGACUGCGGCCCGGGGUCUGAACCCUAGGGUGGGGUACCGCUGGGGGCACAGCCCUCCCCCUUCCUCGCGACUCCGAGAAGGUCAGCGCGGGCGGGCGGGGCGCGCUCCGGCAGCCCGGCCUCACUGGCCAUCCAGUCCCCACCUGAAACCCCGCCUGCCACUCCGCCCCAGCGGAGCCAAUCAACGCCCGAUCUGCUCGGGAUGAGGCGGGGCUUAUGCAAAUCGUGUCCCCUCCGAGAGACAUAGUGAUACAAGAGCUGGGAGGCGGCUCCGGUGCGGACCUCGGAGAGCCUGGCCGCCAGCCCGCGAGCCAGUCUCGGUCCCCGCGGCCCGCCGAGGCUCAGAGCCAUCCAGCGACCCGGCGAGCGGCCUCAGGCCCUGCCAUGGGGAAGACCAACAGCAAGCUGGCCCCGGAGGUGCUGGAGGACCUGGUUCAGAACACCGAGUUCAGCGAGCAGGAGCUGAAGCAGUGGUACAAGGGUUUCCUGAAGGACUGCCCCAGCGGCAUCCUCAACCUGGAGGAAUUCCAGCAGCUCUACAUCAAGUUCUUUCCCUACGGCGACGCCUCCAAGUUUGCGCAGCACGCUUUCCGCACCUUCGACAAGAACGGCGACGGCACCAUCGACUUCCGGGAGUUCAUCUGUGCCCUUUCGGUCACCUCCCGCGGCAGCUUCGAGCAGAAACUCAACUGGGCCUUUGAGAUGUACGACCUGGACGGCGACGGGCGCAUCACGCGCCUGGAGAUGCUGGAGAUCAUCGAGGCUAUCUACAAGAUGGUGGGCACUGUGAUCAUGAUGCGCAUGAACCAGGAUGGGCUCACGCCCCAGCAGCGUGUGGACAAGAUCUUCAAGAAGAUGGACCAGGAUAAGGACGACCAGAUUACGCUGGAGGAGUUCAAGGAGGCGGCCAAGAGUGACCCAUCCAUUGUGCUGCUACUGCAGUGUGACAUGCAGAAGUAGAGGCUGGUGAGGGGCAGGGCCCCUGGCCAGGAGGGGCGUGGCCACCUCCCAACCUGAUGACCUCUCAGGGGGAGGGGUACUCUAGCCUCACUUUCUGGCCCACCCACCCCUCUGCCCAAGCCCUUGCUCCCCUCAGUCGAGAUCCUUGAGGGACCACCUCACCCUGGAAAAGAGACAGAUCCUCAGGUAUUCUGUGGUCUAGCCCCACCCCCAGUGUUGGCCCAGAACCAACAUCCACUGGGCAUAGAGGGUUGGCUUUUGCCCAAAGAGGCAGGAUUGAGGAAGGGGGGCUGCGGGUCUGCUUUGAAAUUCUGUUCUUCCUGGGAUUACACUUUACAGGAUGUGGUCUCACAGAUCCCAGUUAAAGGGCCAAAGUGGGUCUGUCCUUUGCUGAGGACCUAAAUUCCUUAAAGGUGGUCUCUGCCCUGCCCCCUCGACUCUACCUGGCCCCUCCGGCCCCAGCCUGUGGAGCGUUCAUUCAGUCCUUUCUUCACCUAACGUUUGUUGAGCACCUGUUCAAUGCCAGGCACCUCUGGGUGCUAAGGUCAUGGUAGUUUACAAGACACAUUCUGUGCCCUCUGGAAGCUCAUAUGGGAAGUGAGGCAAACUUCCAGUGGUCAGAGUCGCAGAUGGGAACGUAGCACACAACUGAGCAGAGGGUGUGCUAAGGCUGGUUAGUUUGAAAGGAACCAUUAAAUCUUUCAGUUCACCUCCACCCAGAGCUGCAGAGGGAUUAAAUGAAAAGUAUUUGGAAGUCUAGGAACCAUUGUGAGUGGAAGGUUUAAGAAACACUGAUAUUUAUGUAAUACUUAUUUUUUUAGUACCCUUUAAAAGAGCUAAAGUCAUUUUGUUAGUUUAGGAUAUUCAGACAUACUUUAUAUUACUUGGUUUCUUGUAAAAUGAUUAAAUGAAUAUAGAAAAUGCUAAUUUUGUGGGUGGGGGGAGGGAGAGCUGAGAAAAAAAGAGGGAAAAUACCAGCAAACUUACCAAAUAACACUUUUUCUUGUCAGACUAAGUCCUGAGGUGUCACCAUCAGCAGCUUCUGCUGCUUCCUUUUUAAUGACUUCUUCAAUUCAGUGAGCAGCUCUCUUAUCAUGCCCUAGCUCUGGUUGGAUGCUGACUUUGGAAACAGAAAAAGACAAGGUUUGCUAAGAGUGAGACAAGUGUAUCUUCCACAUCUUGGUAGUUCCUUUCUGGAUUUGGUAUUGUUUCAAGGAUGGGCUUGUUCUUUCUGCUACAGAAACAGAAGGAGCUAGAAGAAGAGGACCACCCAGCCACUGUUUAGGUUGCCCCACUGCAUUUAUGGACCAAAUGCCUAAAAAUGUGCUGGGGACAUGCUCCAUUUGAAAGGCUCUUUCUAACCCCAGCUCCUCAGUCUGCCAGGUAAAUUCAUCAUCUUCCAGGUGUACUGGCUUUGCUUUCUGCUUUCUGCUUUUGGGUCAAUGAGCUAUACAGCUGCAUGCUUUGACUGCCAGACAGUCUUGCUUCUUCAAGGCUUUCACUUUAUUUUCGCCUAUACUUGUGAUCAGAAAUUAGCUUUGAUGUGCAGUGACAGAUUUCCUCUUGAGCUGCUGGUGAAAACAGUCUAGUACACAGGUGCUGUCAGCCCAGGGUAGGAACAGGGAAUGAUUGCUGAGUCAGCGGUGGGAGAUUGUAUCUCUGGGAAAGAGGAAAAGCAUGCCCCUUCUGAGUGCUCACCUGUCUUCCCUCUCUGCAGGUGGAAACUCUUGGGGAUGCUGACCUUUGGCCCCGAACUCUAUUGGACCUUCCUUCUUGCUGCCCUUGGAGGUAGCAAGGCCACUUAGUUGCCACUCUCUUUUUUGUCUUCUGCCUAUGACUAGCCAUGUGGUGAGGCUGGGAAUUCACAUCCUCAGGCAGUAACCAGCAGGUUUUUAUCCAGUAAUGCCUCAAGGAAUGUUCCAUUACUCUGAGGCACUGGUCAUUAGGUGUAUCUUGUGCUACUAGUCAGCACCACAGAUACAUUGAUAUCAGUCUGGCUCCGUGAGACUUCCAGUAGAGGCUUUUUACAAAGUGGGGUUCCCAUCCCCCAAACGUUGAAUCUAACCUAACUCACAAUCACACAGAACUUCAUAGCUUUCAAAGGCUUGACAUCUACUCCAUCUCAUUCUAUCCUCCAGCCUGGGGAAAUAGAGAUUUUUCAUUCCCUUUCUCCAGUCUUGGGAAGUGAGGCACAGAAAGGGGGGAUUCCCUUGUGCAAGGGCACGUGGUCAGGGGGUGAAACAGGCCAAGACUCGAACCCAAGGCUCUAAGAGGGUUUCUUCCUUCAGUUUCUCCCUCCUUGUCUCUCUGACUGAGUCAUACAAAGUUGACUGUGGGGUAAGCUAAGUUAGUUUUGGUCUUUGACAAGCUUCCUGCUGAGAAGUUUCUGAGGUGGUGGUCUUCCAAAAAAGAAAUAGGAGCUUGUUUGAACUUCCAACAUUUUCAAGCAUCUUGUUGUCUGCUUGUGGGCAGUUCUGCUAACAGGUCAGUGUCGUCCUGGGAAGCCUCUGACCCAGCACCCUGGAAGCAUCUUGCACUAUCUUUACCACCAUAUUCCUCCCUAAGAGAACUGUUUUUGUUUUUCUCCAGCUGGUGGGAAAGUCCUACCCGUGAGAGCAUGUUUGAUCAUUCCAAGCUUUUGGACAUAUCCCGUGGGCGAUAUUUGCCAGUUAGGCCAAAGAUUCUCAGACAGCCCAGUGGUGUGAACACAUAAAGCCAGGCUGGGAACUGAGACCACCAUCUUGUUGAUGGGAAGAGCCACAGGCAGCCCAGGACUUGCUCCCACAUGCUCCUGGAUGUCCCAGGGACUGUGUGCUCAGGGGCUCCUGUGGUAGAGUAUUGGCCCUGCCUUGAGAAGAGAGGCAGGCCUCCGAUAUCCUGUGCCAGCUAUGAGGGACUUGCCAUAGAGCACAAGGUAAGGAGACAUUGAAGUAUGACUCGCAGAAACACAAAAAUAUACAGACAGUGACAACAGUGAUAUAUUCAAACUCUCCUUUUAAAGUUUUGUAUCUUCUUGCAGCAAGUCUGAAUUGAAAGGUUCCAGAAUCUACCUCCUAACUGCAUUCUGUCCUCCUUCAUCCUUUUGGGCUAACUGAUGAGCCCCUUAUUUCUUAUCUUUAAAAAUCAUCAACAAGGUCUACUUCAGAUGGCUGCUCCAGUCCUUUGAACUAUAGUCAGGGAUAUAAAACUUACCUUUAAAUCAAAAGUUAAGAAAAAGGAAGCCCAUAAGCAAAGGCACUGAAUCAUUUACUGACUGUUUCUAGAGGUAGAAGUUCAUCCUGCUGCAGAGAGAGAGAGAAGGAGGCAAGGGAAGAGAGAGGAAAGAGAGAAUGAGAGAACAAGCUGGGGUUUCCACACAGGGUAGUAAGCUGACACUGUAAAUAUUUUUACACAAAAAUUUACUAAAGCAACAAAUUUUCCUGAAGAUCCACCCUGGGUGAGGUUUUGUUCUGACUUCAGAGAUCACUGUGGAAGAAAGAAUACAUUUCUUACAUAUUUUAUCAUUUUUGAAAAAAAAAAACCUUCAAAUCCUACAAUUUCAAAGUCUCAGAAAAAUAUGGAAUUUUCUUUCUGAAAUUUUCAAGGUUUUCUUUUACCUUUGCCAGAAGGUGGGGCAGGACUGGGCCUCCCGGGGUGUUUGGCCCUUCCUGCUUCGUGGAGGCAGUGGGGGUGUGGAGGCCUGGGGGAAACGGGGAGCUGGGUGGCAGAGGGGGACAUCCCAACUCAUUCUCUUGUGCGGCCCCCUAUCCCCACCCCAUGUGCUGCUCCCGGCUGUGGCCGCAGUGACUGUCCUCACUGUUCAACCCUGUGCUGUAUAGUGUGUUUUUCACUGACCGUGAAUAAAGGUGUGACCUUUA